AGAAACAAGAAUUUCAAGAACCUUCAAACACACACACACACACACACACACAAUUAAACAAAAUGCCGAUUUCGAGAGUAGCCGUCGGAACUCCUGCCGAAGUCCGGCAGCCGGAAGCCAUCAAGGCAGCGGUAGCCGAGUUCAUUUCGAUGCUCAUCUUCGUUUUCGCCGGCGAAGGCUCCGGCAUGGCCUUUGCUAAGCUUACCGGGGGUGGGGCUAGCACGCCAGCUGGCAUGACUGCGGCGGCGUUAGCGCACGCUUUCGCCCUAUUUGUGGCGGUUUCGGUCGGAGCCAACAUCUCCGGUGGCCACGUAAACCCGGCAGUUACUUUUGGUGCCUUCGUAGGCGGCCACAUAUCGUUGUUUAGAAGCAUCCUAUAUUGGAUUGCUCAAUUGCUUGGUUCCGUUGUCGCUUGCUUGCUACUCAACUUUGCCACCGGUGGAUUGGAAACAUCGGCUUUCGCGCUUUCAUCGGGAGUUACGGUAUGGAACGCACUCGUAUUCGAAAUAGUGAUGACAUUCGGCCUAGUCUACACGGUGUACGCCACCGCAGUGGAUCCCAAGAAAGGCGACAUAGGGGUCAUCGCCCCCAUUGCCAUCGGUUUCAUAGUGGGGGCCAAUAUUUUGGCCGGUGGAGCCUUCACUGGAGCAUCCAUGAACCCGGCCGUCUCUUUCGGGCCCGCAGUGGUGAGCUGGACGUGGGCCAGCCACUGGGUCUACUGGGUCGGCCCGUUUGUAGGCGCGGGCAUCGCUGCCCUUAUCUAUGAAAUCCUCUUCAUCAACCAAACCGGCCAUGAACAACUCCCCACUACCGAUUAUUGAUGUCUUUUUUUUUUUUUUUUUUCGUUUUUCGUAUUUCAUUUUUUAUGCAAGGGAUUGUGUGCAAGUGUCUGUUUUUCCAUUCUGUGAAGCUGUGUUGUGAUCUACGCUAUCGAUUGUCUUGAUUCUGUAAAAUCAUCUUUCUUGAAUGUCGGA